UUUUACUCUGUAGUGUGGACGUGGCCUUAGUGGAAGCGGUUUUUGAUUUGGGGGACCUCUGAGAGGAUUCAUCCUAUGUCCAUUUGGAUUCAGAACACUCUGGACUAUUCAUUCAUUGCAGUUGAAAUCUUUGGGCCUGGCUCUUAGCUCUUUGAAAGUUAAUUUGGCUGCAAUUUCAGCUUUCUACCCUCCUCUUUGGGGAAAGUUGCUAUUUUCAAAUCCUAUGGUAGGGAGGCUUCUGAAAGGCAUUGUCCAUCGUUUUCCACCAGCGAAGAGAAUGGUGCCAUUGUGUGCCAUUGAUGUGUCUGUUUGAGUCAAUAGCAACGUGCUCAUUGGCUCUUCACUCCAGGAGAUGGCCUUUCUGGUAGCUAUCACAUCUGCUAGACUAGUCAGGGAAGCCUCAUGGCAGCAGAUCCCCCAUACACCCACGUCUUCAAAGGCAAGGUUGCUUCAAGACCACAGCCAAACUUUCUGUCAAAAGUGAUCUCUCCGUUUCACCUUAAUGAGGUUAUUUACUUACUGUAUUUUUUUCCCAACGCACACUUGGGCAUAGAAGAACGAUGCCUUCAGACCUUAGAUGUGGGAAGGUGCUCGGCUUUUUAUCUGGAAAGGACUAACCCCUUUCAUUCAUCAUCUUGCCUCUUCGCAUCUUACACUGAGCUGAGCAGAUGAAAGAGCCAUUGGUCUCUGCUAGGUAGAUAAGGCCGUGAAUUACUGUAGCUUCUGUAGCAGCUCAGAUUACGCCCCCAAAGUCGUUACGGGCUCAUUUGACGAGCGCUCAAGCAACAUCAACAGCGUUUCUUAGAGAUGUUUCCCUCGGUGGAUGGCUGCAGGGCUGCGUCUGGCUCUCCAUGCACACCUUUGCUAACCGCUGCGCUAUCCCCGUGGCUUCUAGGGCUGAUGCACACUUUGGGGAGGCAGUUCUGCAGUCUCUGUGUAAAUAGACUCCGAGCCCUGGGAAUACACGUCUGCAGCCUCUCGAAGAAGAAAAGACUGUUACUCACCUGUGUUGCAGCCGUUCUUUGAGAUGUGGCUGCAGACACACAUUUCACGCCCCACCUUGCACCCCCUCUGCAACAGAGGCUCCAGCCUGGGGUUUGGUGCAAAGGCCCCAAGGGGUCGCGGCAGCUCCGCCCUUCUAGAGCCAGGGAGGGACUGUGAGGCAGAGGGUGUGAGCGCUGCCCAUACGUGCUGCUAGGCGGAUUUCCCUGGCUUUGGUGCAUGGGUGUGCACAUCCCUGAGUGGGAGAGGUGCCUGCAGCCACCCCUCGAAGAACAGCAGUUACCAAACAGGUAAGGAACCAUCUGCUGUUGUUGAUUUGUGCCGAAGGAGUUAAAAGAGCAGAACCACUUGGGGUACGAUUUCUGCUGUCACUGUUGUAUGCGACUUGCAGGAGCUGCGUGUGUGUCUGCCCGGUUGGCUGGGGAGGAGCUGUGCACAGCAGCCCUAGUAACACACGAGAGGAAGGAGUGUGUGGCCAAGGGCGGGAGGGAGCAGUACCAGGAGCUGGGGAAGCACCGUCAGCAGGAAGUCCCUUGCAGCACCCAUCCUAAGCCCAGGCACCGGGCAUGCUCAGGGGUGCUGGCAGACCCGGCUGCAGUGCUGUGCCCAUGAAAAGGCCAAGCCCAGUGGCCGGUGUUCGGUUACCCUCCCCCCAACAGCUGGCUGAGCCGUGGGGGACACCGAGAGCAGGGUGGUGGCAGGGGAGGCCAGUGAGGCCAUGCUGCUUUCUCUGCACCACUGGCUCUGGGAACGCCCUGCUCUCCAUCCGGCCAUUGUUAGAACAGGGCAGCUGGGUGACUCAGGCCUCCCAUCUAGACCAGCUGAACAUCUCGCCAGCCACAGUCGAGUGAGUCGGGCGGGGGGCGGUGUCUUGUCCCUGCUGUAUCUGCCACUGUGCUGAGCCCCCUCCCUGGCAGAGGUGCCAAGGCUGGAAUAGAGCCUGAGCUCCCUCCAGGGCCCCCUCCGGUUUAUAAAUGCCUUGCUCAGUUCACCGCACUGGGGGCACGGAACCGUCACGGACCAAAUGGGUGAAGGCAGGAGUGGAGCAGACCAAGGGGGAUGGGUGUGCCCAGGCAGUUUUCCCCGUGAGUGCAGUUCCCUGGCAGCCCAGACAGCUCCCUGCUCAGCAAGAGGGGGCAGGGACUGAAUGCAGCGGGGCCCAAGGGGUGGGGGCAGCUGGUCACCUUCAUCCCCCGCCCGGGCCAACUGGACAGACAAGCCUGUGUCACGGGGAAGGGGAGCUCUCCAGUCUGCCAGGUGCGGAGCUCUUGGCUAGUUGGGUGGGAAGGGAUCAUCUCCAUGUUACACGGAGGGAAACUGAGGCACAGAGCAGGGUUGGGCCCUGCCCCAGGCUGGGGAGUGAGUGUCAGGGCUGGGAGGUGAAGCCAGGGCUUUCUGCCUGUGGAGGCUUUACAGAGAAGGGGGCCCAACCCUCCUUGUUUGUCGCACUUUGACCGCAUGGGAUUGCCUCGCUGAGAGGGGUGUGCCAGGCGCACUGCCUCCUACCCAGGCUCUUCUCCGGCGUGCCAGGAAGCAGUGGGCAAGCUCUCUUGUGGGCCCGGCAAGAUCCUGGCCAAGCUCUGCUAGGUCUGCCGGCUCGGGCUCCCCAGUGGCCCAGUGGGACGGAGCCUGCCGAGGAAUGGAGCCCAUGGGCCAGGCCUGGGCACUUCCCACCCCUGGCUGCUGGAGGGAGCCGGCCCCCUCACUGUGAUGGCGACCGUGCCUCCGCCUGGCCUGAAGUUCAAGCUCAUCCUGCUGGGGGACUUUGGGGUGGGGAAGACCACCCUGUUCCACCGCAUCCAGGCAGGGCGCUUCCUGCAGGGGGCCCACGCCCCCAACGAGUACCUGGCCGUCUGCAAGAGGACCGUGCGGCUCAGCCACCCCCAGAUCCCCGGCCUGGUGCAGAUCUCCCUGUGGGACACGGCCGGCGAAGAAAGGUUCCUCUCCCUGAGCAGCUGCUACUACCGGGACGCAGACGCCGUGCUACUGCUGUACAGCGUCCAGAGCCAGCUCUCCUUCGACAGCCUCCCGCACUGGGUCUACGUGGCCCGGCAGUACUGCCCGGACGGUAGGGGGCCCGGGGCCACUCCUGCAGUGCGGGGACAGAGAGGGCCAAGUUCCCAAUCUCCUCUGCGCCGCUCUCGACUCUGCUCCCUCCCAGACAGCGGGUUCCCCCGACCUGCCGAUGUGGGCGGUGCCCAAUACCCAUCCCCCCAGAUAUUCAGCCACGGAGAGGGGAGCUGGACAAACACAGCACGGCUUGGCUGCCCUUGCCCUGGGGGGCCCAGGCGGCUUGGAUGCGGCUGCCUCGGACCUGGAGACCUGCCUCUUGGGGCAUCUCUUCAGCUCACUGGUCGCCCCAGCCACAGGGUUCUGCAGCAGUGCCACACUGGGGUCUGGCCAUGGCAGGGAUGCCUGGCAGGGCCCCCUGCCCCCAACCGACCAGUUCUAGCCUCCCCACACACGGUCCCUGCCCUGUGCACAAGGCCCCUUCUCACUCCCCCAUUCCAGCACCUGCACACACCUUCCCCCAUGCCCCCCACUGACCAGUUCUAGCCUCCCCACACACGGUCCCUUCCCUGUGCACAAGGCCCCUUCUCACUCCCCCAUUCCAGCACCUGCACACACCUUCCCCCAUGCCCCCCACCGACCAGUUCUAGCCUCCUCACACACGGUCCCUGCCCUGUGCACAAGGCCCCUUCUCACUCCCCCAUUCCAGCAUCUGCACACACCUUCCCCCAUGCCCCCCACUGACCAGUUCUAGCCUCCCCACACACGGUCCCUGCCCUGUGCACAAGGCCCCUUCUCACUCCCCCAUUCCAGCACCUGCACACACCUUCCCCCAUGCCCCCCACUGACCAGUUCUAGCCUCCCCACACACGGUCCCUGCCCUGUGCACAAGGCCCCUUCUCACUCCCCCAUUGCAGCACCUGCACACACCUUCCCCCAUGCCCCCCACUGACCAGUUCUAGCCUCCCCUCACAUGGUCCCUGCCCUGUGCACAAGGCUCCUCCCCCCCAGCACCUGUGCGCACCUUCCCCCAUGCCAGCCACUGCUCUCCCCAGUAUGGUACAAAAGUACCCACUCCCCAAGGGUAGGGAACGAGCAGCUGAGCCCCUCGGGGAGGUCCCCCCAGCCCAUAAUUGCCCUCUCCUGGAGGGAGCGCCCAUCCCAUAGGCCUGGGCACAUGUACUAGGGGCUGGGCACCACUGCCCACCACCCUGAGGGCUGGUGUCCAGCCUGUGCCACCCAGCUCUUUCCCAGGCUGGCUCCAGUCAUGCUCCUUAGGGCAGUGGCUCAUUAAGCCCUGGGCUCCAGGCUAUCUCUCACGAGUUUCCUGGCAGCUUUGCAAAGUGGCUGGAGACAGAGGGAGGCUGGAAAAUUGUUAAAGAGAAACCAGCCACCCUGCCGAGAGAGAGAGAGAGAGAGAGAGAGAGAGAGCAUGUGUGUGUGUGUUAAUUAACGAUGCCCUGGCCAGAGUGCUGCUGUCUUCAGACACACGUUUGUAACACUGCGUUGAUUUUUAGUGCUCAUGACAAUGGUGUGUAUUGUACGUAAAGCUCUGCCAGUGCCCCUCAGUCCCAAUCCACAGCCCCCUGCUAGCUCAGCCCUGGGCU